CCGGUCUCUUCCAUCCCCCUUCACGCGCACCCGUGUCGGGAGCUCUCGUUGCCAGCCUCGCUCAGCCACCAUGUCCAGGCAGUCCAGCAUCACCUUCCAGACCGGCAGCCGCAGGGGCUUCAGCACAGCCUCGGCCACCACCCCUGCCACCGGCCGCUCCCGCUUCAGCUCCGUCUCCGUGACCCGCUCCACGGGAGGCAGCGCGGGGCUGGGAAGAAUGAGCAGCGCUGGGGCAGGCUUCGGGAGCCGCAGCCUCUACAACCUGGGGGGCACCAGGCGGGUCUCCAUCGGGGGGUGCGGCGGCAGCUUCCGGAGUGGCUUUGGCGGCAGGGCCGGCAGCGGGUUUGGGGUCGCCAGUGGAUUUGGCAAUGGGGGCGGAGCCGGAGGAGGCUAUGGGGCCUCGGGCUUCCCCGUCUGCCCCCCUGGAGGCAUCCAAGAGGUCACCGUCAACCAGAGCCUCCUGACUCCCCUCAACCUACAAAUUGACCCCUCCAUCCAGCGGGUGCGGAAAGAGGAGCGGGAGCAGAUCAAGACCCUCAACAACAAGUUCGCCUCCUUCAUUGACAAGGUGCGGUUCCUGGAGCAGCAGAACAAGGUCUUGGAGACCAAGUGGGAGCUCCUCCAAGAGCAGGGCUCCAAGACGGUGAGGCAGAACCUGGAGCCCUUCUUCGAGGCCUACAUCAAUGACCUCCGCCGGCAGCUGGACAGCGUCACCACUGAGAGGGGCAGGCUGGACGCUGAGCUGAGGAAUAUGCAGGAUAUUGUGGAAGAUUUCAAAGUCAGGUACGAGGAUGAAAUUAACAAGCGCACCACUGCUGAGAAUGAGUUUGUGGCCCUGAAGAAGGACGUGGACUCAGCCUACAUGAACAAGGUGGAACUGGAGGCCAAGGUCAAUUCUCUGACAGACGAGAUCAACUUCUUACGGAUGCUCUUUGAGGCGGAGCUGUCCCAGAUGCAGACCCAGGUCAGUGACACAUCUGUGGUCCUGUCCAUGGACAACAACCGCAGCCUUGACCUGGACAGCAUCAUCGCUGAGGUCAAGGCUCAGUAUGAGGACAUUGCCAACCGCAGCCGGGCCGAGGCUGAGUCCUGGUACCAGACCAAGUACGAGGAGCUGCAGGUCACAGCGGGCCGGCACGGGGAUGAUCUCCGCAACACCAAGCAAGAGAUCUCGGAGAUGAACCGGAUGAUCCAGAGGCUGAGAGCCGAGAUCGACAGCGUCAAGAAGCAGUGUUCCAGCCUGCAAACGGCCAUUGCUGACGCAGAACAGCGUGGAGAGCUGGCCCUCAAGGACGCGCGAGCCAAGCUAGUAGAGCUGGAGGAGGCCCUGCAGAAGGCCAAGCAGGACAUGGCCCGGCUGCUGCGGGAGUACCAGGAGCUCAUGAACGUGAAGCUGGCCCUGGAUGUGGAGAUUGCCACCUACCGCAAGCUGCUGGAGGGCGAGGAAUGCAGGCUGAGUGGUGAGGGUGUUUCUCCAGUUAACAUCUCUGUGGUCACCUCCACCGUUUCCAGUGGCUAUGGCGGUGGUAGCAGCACUGGAGGUGGAAGCCUGGGUCUAGGUGGGGGCAGCGGCUACUCCUUCACCACCAGCACCGGGCACAACCUGGGGGCAGGCCUGGGUGGCUCCAGCUUCAGUGCCAGUAGCAGCCGGGGCCUCGGGGGCAGUGGCUCCAGUGUCAAGUUUGUCUCCACCACAUCCUCCAGCCGGAAGAGCUACAAGCAUUAAGUGCGGCCACCUCGCUUCCUCACCCCUGCCCUGAAGCCUGCCUGCUUGCAGACCUGGCCUGCCUGCACUCACAGACAGGAUACCUGGGUCCUUCUUCUUCUCCCCUUCCACAAGGCCUGCCCAUGCUGCUGGGAAGGAAGCCUGGUGCCCUGGAUAAACCCCAUUCCCCAACUUAAGCCAGCCUCUGCCCUCCUGGCAGUCCCCACAGUGCUCCUGUCCCCUCCCUGUGCCACUGCCGCCCUCCUUCAAGAUUCACAUUCAGCUUAUCGUGCAGAGACCUCCCCUGCUUCAGCUCCUCCUUCCUUCUCCCCACCUUCCGGUUGCAGAGUUAGGGAAGUCAGUGUUUUCCAGGCCAUCUCAAUGCCAGGUUGUCAGCCCCACCUGUCUCAUGGUGCUUAUGAGCUGCCUGCUGGGAGUGAGACACAUUCCCUCCCUGGAAUGUGUCUAUUAAAUGCAUGUGGAAUGUG